AUGGUGUCAGAAGAUUCCUCGCUAGAUGUUGGGAAGAAGACCCUUCUCGAAAAGGGCUUCGUUCAUUGGGAAGACCCGGGGCUUGGGGAAAACAUCUCGAUGAUGGCGCAAAAAGGUUCUGCUUUCUGGACGCUGGACGGUCUCGAUUUCUGCAUGCAAAACGUUCUUUACGAGGCGCUGCUGGGUAAAGGAUCUGAGGCGAAGUACUACGGCGGUUCGCACCUCGUCGACUUGCCUGUUGAGAAGACGGGAUAUAACUUCUAUUCAACACCUCGGCCUGCGCUUGAUCAAGCAGGACUGGUGGGCGAUGAUAUCAAAUUCAAGGCUGGUGGCGGCGUAGUGAUAUUCGACGCCCUACUCAGGCUCGAAAUUAAGUAA